UUGCUAUGCUCCGGGGCAGGUCGGAUACGUGAUAGCGAAUAUACGUGGUACAGAUAAUUAGUAUGUCUUUCCUGGGAUAUAUGUAUUUACAAGGCAACUGGGCAAACCAGCAGGUAAUUAUUUUGAUUUACCUACAAAAUAAACCCUUACUUCAGUGAUAUAGUCCGACGGUUUGAAAUAUACAGCUCUUUAUGUAACUCGUUACGCGCAAUCCAUGUACGUCUAGCUCCGAGUCAAGUCGGAGUAGACGCCAGAUAGUUGGCCAAUCAUAUUACACUGUUCCUGGGGAAUCUCGGAUCCCUUUUAGGCCGCACGCCCUUGGCGGCAUCAAGAACAAUAGAUUUGUCUCCCAUCCGAUCGACUUCGGGAAUUGGCUUGGAAUCCAUGAUGUUUUGCGGUUCCAGGUCGAAAGGCCGCGCACAUGUCGACUCGCGAGAGUUUGGGACCGCGAGAAUACAAAUACCCCCUUCAUCACUUCACUCGAAUUAGGUUCUUAGUCCUGUCUAUAUACAACCUCACCUUAAAGAGACAGGUUCAUAUAUAAUCAUCUAUCUUAUAUCCAACCCCAGCCGAUCUAAGUAUACUUGGAACUUUGACCGUUUCCGACACAACUCUACAAGAUGGCCAGCGAAGACAAGAAGAGCAACACUCGACACACCGUGAGAAUCGGCGUGUUCAUCCCCACGGACUGCCAGGUACUCGACGCGGCAGCCGUCGAUAUCAUGGGAUCUAUAAGCUAUGAAUGGUCAUACGUUAUACUAAUCCCGAACUUACUAUCUCCCCAUUUCGCAGUCCCGUAUUAUGAGAAGGGAAAGAAAGACACUGAAUACUCGGCAGAUAUGAGCAUGGUAUCCUCGCUCCUACCCAAAGCCUUCCUGGACCUCGCGCCCUCGGUCCAGAUCCGGUACAUCGGCACGGUGGCAGCGGGCCAGCCGAUCCAACUCACGUCGAACCAGGGGCUCGUGGCGACGAACCACUACGCCGACGCCGCGGUCGCUCCCGGCGAGCUGGACAUCGUGGUCGUGCCCGGCCCGGACCCGUUCAAGGAGUUCGAGAAGGGCUCGCUCGAGUGGCUCAAAAGCCAGGCCGAGACCCCCGGCGUCGACGUCCUGAGCAUCUGCUCGGGAAUCCUGGUUUGCGGCGCCGCGGGCCUGCUGAAGGGUAAGACGGCGUGCGGGCCUAGGGGCAUGCAGGAUUUGAUCAGGGAGAAGGGAUACGGCGAGAAGGAGCUUGUUGGGCAUAAGUUUAGGUGGAUUCAGGAUGGCAAUUUUUGGUCUAGUGGCGGCGUGACCAACGGAAACGACCUCGUGGCGGCGUACUGCCGCGCGUCGCGCCACUUCCCGACGCCGCUCGUCGAGGUCAUGUGCGAGAUGGUGGAUGUGGGCGACCGCCCCCAGGUCUACACCAAAGAGAUGACUACGCCGGAUACGUUCGAGGGCCUUAUUCAGGCUGCUGGUGUGAGUGUUUGA